UCCAACAGCUUGGAACCUACGGCCUCCCCGCUGGCCUGGCCAGCUACUAUGCGAAUUGAAGCUCUCAGCGCCCUCGUCGCGGUGGUUUGGCUGACCGCAGUCCUGUGCCCGCGGCUUGCUGCCGCCAACCUCACUUUACCCUUCUCCUCUCGUAAAUCCAGAGAGCAUCCCUUCAGAGGACAUAUCUCUCGCUGGACAGUGCCACUGGAAGACCCGAACAAGCGGAUGACGUACCGAGAGAUGCAGAUGGUUCUACGCCAGGAGGGAGGCGAAGAUGGCCUCGCAGUCGACUGUUGUCCAACGAUAGAGGAAAUGGUCGAGCCCGUUGGCGGCCGAAAUCGGCAAGACAUGUAUGUUGAGCUCUAUCGAGACGGCGAAAAUGCCCAGAGGUUCUUCGAAUACUCCUGCAGGCCAGACGUCCUCGAUAAGCCCUGCAGGUUCGUUGACCGGAAGCUUAGUAACCAGUCGAGAUGCGUACAGAAAUUCUCAUACACCUACGCCAUCGUCGAGAAUCCUGGAACGAAGGGAGGCUCCGAAGAACACAGGAGGCAUCAUCACAGGGAACACAGAUUUCCAACGUUUCCUGGGAACACAGUUAGCGGGUCAACGUGGACGUUGGACUACAUCAGGGUAAGGAGCGGCUGCAGCUGCGAGAUCAUGCCAAAGCCCAAAAAGAAGAAACCCAUGGCGACAAAGGCAAAGAAAGCGAAGAGUAAACUACGCUAGCAAAGAGAUCAAGAUUCAGACUUUGAGACGUGAGACUCGAACUCGUGUUUGGUCGAACUGCAAAAUGAAACAAAAAAAAAGGUUACCAGUGGUCGGUUC